AAACCAGAAAAGAAAAAUUAUCUCCAGGGCUAGACCUAGCAACAAGUCUGUAGCGUGUCUAGCCUCAGACCCCGGAGCUGCAACCCAGAAAUGUACACUUAUGGAAAAUUGCUUGUGCCUUGGAGCCUGACCCAGCUGCAGGCUUCACCUCUGUAAGGGACAUGCAGCUUAUGAUCCAGACUGAGGAGAAAGGACUUGCUGCCGGCUUUCAUCUCCUGGCUGAGGUUGCUCUUGUAGGCGCAGCGUCUGCAUCCCAGGGUGAUGAGGUUAGGGGCCCAGCUGCUAGGGGAGCCGUAGUGUUCAGAUAGGCAGCUGUGCCUUUGUGCUGGCCACCUAGGAUGCUUGUCCUCUCUCCAGCUGUUAUGGACAACGGGUCGUGCUGUCUCAUCGAGGGGGAACCCAUCUCCCAGGUGAUGCCGCCUCUACUCAUCCUGGUCUUCGUUCUUGGUGCCCUGGGCAACGGCAUAGCCCUGUGUGGCUUCUGCUUUCACAUGAAAACCUGGAAGUCGAGCACAAUUUACCUUUUCAACUUGGCCGUGGCCGAUUUUCUCCUCAUGAUCUGCUUACCCCUUCGGACAGACUACUACCUCAGACGUAGGCACUGGAUUUUUGGAGAUAUCCCCUGUCGCCUGGUCCUCUUCAUGCUGGCCAUGAAUAGGGCUGGGAGCAUUGUUUUCCUCACUGUGGUGGCUGUGGACAGGUAUUUCAAAGUGGUCCACCCCCACCAUAUGGUGAAUGUCAUCUCCAACCGGACUGCAGCUGCCGCCGCCUGUGUCCUCUGGACUUUGGUCAUCUUGGGGACUGUGUACCUUCUGAUGGAGAGUCACCUGUGUGCGCGGGGGACGGUGUCGUCUUGUGAGAGCUUCAUCAUGGAGUCGGCCAACGGGUGGCAUGAUAUCAUGUUCCAGCUGGAGUUCUUCCUGCCCCUGACUAUCAUCUUGUUCUGCUCGUUCAAAGUUGUUUGGAGCCUGAGACAGAGGCAGCAGCUGAGCGGACAGGCUCGGAUGAGGAGGGCCACUCGGUUCAUCAUGGUGGUGGCUUCUGUGUUUAUCACGUGUUACCUGCCCAGUGUGUUGGCCAGGCUCUACUUCCUCUGGACGGUGCCCUCCAGUGCCUGUGACCCCUCUGUCCACAUAGCCCUCCAUGUCACCCUGAGUUUCACCUACCUGAACAGCAUGCUGGACCCCCUUAUAUACUAUUUCUCAAGUCCCUCGUUCCCCAAAUUCUACACCGAGAUCAAAAUCUGCAGCUUGAAACCCAAACGCCCAGGACGCUCAAAGACUCGGAGGUCCGAAGAGAUGCCAAUUUCAAAUAUCUGUCGUAAGAGCUUCAUCGAUGUGGCCAAUAGUUCCCAGAGGCCAUCUGACAGGCAGUGGGAUCUCCAAGUGUGUUGAAUGCCAUUAAGACAAACAGCCCAACAACGAGGCAAAGAAAUGGGCAACUGUGAGUUAAAUCUGAAGGGUGGGGGACUUGAAAAUGCCCCCACUCUUUUCUCAGCUGUAUCUUUCUCACUCAGGUAGAAAUGAAAUCCACGCCGCUCGGCCUUUUCCAGAAGGUUUCAAAUGAGUUGGUUGUGUUUAAAUAGUCUGAUUGCAGUGGUAAGGGGGCAGCGUGUGAGUGUGAAGGAAAGCCGUGGGUGUCGGGUUAGGAACUACCCAGAGCCUGUGUCGCUUUGCACGGCUGAGAAAAUCGGUAUGAGCCUUGCUGGGUCUUGUUUUAGCUGGGAGAGAGUUAAUGAUCUCAAUAACUUGUCGGUAUUUCCUGGACUGAAAAAAAUAGAAACUGCACUGAGUCAAUACACUUAUUUCCAGCUGAGUGAGACCCUUUACUGCAGGACACCCAGUCCUAGCUGGUUUUUUAUCUUCCCUGGGGAGCUGCCACACAUUUCAAUGUUUGAACAUCCAGGUGGCCAAGAAGGGAGCAAAAAGAAUCUAUUCUAACCUUCCGGGUGCCACGAUUUGUUCUGAGUUUAAGUGGUUUGUUUCUUUGUUUUUGUUUGCAUUUCAAAGAAUAAGCUGAGAGACAUAGCUACAGGCUAUCAGCUAUGUUUCUCUAGUGGAAACCAAGAGCCUGGGUACCAUGGCCAGGGGGUCCUUCCUGGUAUUUGGGACUGGCUACUUCAAGUGUGGUUGUUUUUCAUUGCUUGAUGCAUGAGUAUGAGUUGAAAUCCUCCCGUCAUUCUCAAGUCCUUGCUGAAUCCAUCGUCUGUUGCCCCGCUCUGCCCAGCAGCCUCGUCUGUUUUGUCUUUGGUGCUGGGCAUUUGAACUUGGGACCUUACCUGAGCUAGACAAGCACUGGCUACUACGUAUAUUCCCCAAAUACUACCCGGAGUUCUCACAGCUAGGUGGUUCUGUGAAAGUCCGGGCUGCUCCUGUCCUGGAGAAGGGGAAAUAGAUUCCGUGUUAACCUUAGUUCCCCCUUUUUAAGCCGCAAAAGUGGUGACAGUCAUUCACUUUCUCCAAUUCCCAGGGUACUCUCCCCAGGAAGGGACCUUGACAACUUUUAUGUCUUUAGCCCGAGACACUCCUCAAGCUUGCCCCCAUGGUUUCUUUUGCCAGAGGUGUUGUCCAGCCUAGUAAAAAUCAGUCUGAAUGCAGGGCCGGGGAGACGGCUCAGUGGAUAAACAAUUCUGCCACCAAGCCACCAACCUGAGUAUCCCUGAGACCCACCUGGUAAAAGGCAAAUCCCAAAGGUGGUUCUGAGACCUCCACAUACGCUCACCCGCAUGCGCGCACACACGCUACAUGCAUCAAUGCAGUAACUACUUUAUUGGCUACACGGUCAAGUGGAUCUCAGUUUGAAUCUUACUUUAAAUACUUAUUAGACACGUGCUCGUAGGAAAGAUUUUAUUUAACCAUGCUCAGUUUUGAAUUCUCCAUUUGUUCAACAGGGGUAAUACUGAUGCCAAAGGGUUGGGGGGGGCAAUUCAAUGACUGUACACUCAUAAGCAUACAGAAUUUGUUGUUCCCAGGUGCCUAGAAGAAGCCCAUGUGUGGAUAGUAGGUGAUAAAUAAACAGUUGCUGAGUGACUAUAGUCACUCCAAACACGAA